UAUGUUACACUUGGGCUAUUGUCAAGUCAUUUGUUCUGGGGGCCACAUUUUUACAAAGUAAACAGCCGGGGAGGUGGACCUCUCUCUUCACUCUUAUUCAUAUUUUGUGUAACACAUCAACUAAUGUUGGGCUUUUGAGUGGGUUUCGUGAUGGACGAGGCACGCGCCUUCAUUGGGCUUUUGGUAUUUCGGUGCUUCUUAGGCACUUUUCUCCCAGUUGCAGUUAAAAGCUCUCUCCCGGUUGCAGUUAGUCCAGAACGCGGCUGCACGGCUUUUAACAGGGGCCAGGAAACGUGAGCAUAUAACCCCAAUUCUUGAGACUCUGCACAUCUCUCAUUUUAGAAAUUAAUUUAAAAAUUUUGCUGUAUGGUUUUAAGGCUUUGCAUGGACUGGCACCUCAUUAUAUAUUGGACCUAAGCCAAAUUUACACUCCUGCGCACACUCUGAGGUCCGAGAGCCAGCUCCAGCUUGUGGUGCCCAAGACGAGACUUAAAACCAGGGGAGACGGGGCCUUCUCUGUGGUCGGCCCUAAGCUUUGGAACACUCUGCCCCUCCAUGUUCCAACUGCUCCCACAGUGGAGUGUUUUAAGUCUCGUCUUAAGACCCACUUUUAUUCUCUGGCUUUUACACUACGUGAGUUGUGUGGUCCUCUGUGUUUUAAAAAUGUUAUUUCUAUUUAUUGUUUUAAAUAGGAUCGGUGCGGCGUCUUCAGUAAUGCGGACGCUGUAUCGAUCCGUUGUGGUGAAGAAGGAGCUGAGCCGGAAGGCAAAGCUCUCAAUUUACCGGUCGAUAUACGUUCCCAUCCUCACCUAUGGUCAUGAGCUUUGGGUCGUGAUCGAAAGGACAAGAUCACGGGUACAAGCGGCCGAAAUGAGUUUCCUCUGCCGGGUGGCGGGGCUCUCCCUUAGAGAUGGGGGAGAAGCUCAAAGUAAAGCCGCUGCUCCUCCACAUCGAGAGGAGCCAGAUGAGGUGGUUCGGGCAUCUGGUCAGAAUGCCACCCGAACGCCUCCCUAGGGAGGUGUUUCGGGCACGUCCGACCGGUAGGAGGACACGGGGAAGACCCAGGACAUGUUGGGAAGACUAUGUCUCCCGGCUGGCCUGGGAAAGCCUCGGGAUCCCCCGGGAGAAGCUGGAUGAAGUGGCUGGGGAGAGGGAAGUCUGAGCUUCCCUGCUUAGGCUGCUGCCCCCGCGACCAGACCUCGGAUAAGCGGAAAAAGAUGGAUGGAUGGAUGUUUUAAUUAGCUUUACCCUUUUAAAAUCGUUUUUAACCAUAUUUAGUUUUAUAUUGUUUUUAUAUUUAUUUAUUUUGUUUUUAUUCAGUCAUUGGUGGAGCUAAGGAUAGUAUUUGAAUCUUGUUUUUAAUAUUUUUGUGCAGCACUUUGGAAACAUUUUUGUUGUUUAAAUGUGCUAUAUAAAUAGAGUGGAUUGGAUUCUCGGGGAGCAUCUUUUUUGGUACUAGCGUGACGUUUUUCCCCCCGUCCCGCGUAAAACUCUAAGAGUUAUAUGCAUUUGUGUUGGGUUUGUGCUGUCGAAAUUGAUUGUGCUGUUUUAGUUUUAUAGUGACAGAGGUCAUUCUUUUUUUUCUUCUUUUUUUUUCUGUCUGGCUCUUUUUUGUAGGACAGCAGGUAAUGCGAGGGGCGCUGAGGCAUAUAUAGUUGGGGUGUCAAACACAGUAAUUGAUUUUCGAACUAAUCGCGAUUCUUAUUUUUAACGAUUUUGAAUUGAUUUAAAAAAAUCUAAAAUCUUUUUUUUUUCCAGCCACUCAGGUAAAUCAUAUUGUUGAUGUAGAUGUCCAAAUCUGCUGUGCAGACUUACUUUACAAAAGAGAAGUGUGGAAUACUUCUCUCGUUGCCUUAUUUGUAUUUUACUUUAUUAAAUGUUUGGGUAGAUUUUUUUUUUUUUACAGUUUUUUCCAUUUGCUUACACAUAAUUUUACUAACUGUGUGUCUUUUUUCAAAAGAUAUACACACUUUUCCAAAAACCAUAUUUAAUUUUCUUUAUUCCUAGAUUUUUUGCAAAAUGACACACUUUGGUCAAAACAUAUGCCCAUUGAUCAGAAUAAAAGCAAGAAUUCUUAAAAAUGCAGUUUUAUUUUCAUCUCACUCAAUGUUGUCUGUCUAUCUGUGUUUGCCCUGCGACGAGGUGGAGACUUGUCCAGGGUGUACCGCGCCUUCCGCCCGAAUGCAGCUGAGAUGGGCUCCAGCACCCCCGCGACCCCGAACGGGACAAGCGAUAGAAAAUGGAUGGAGGGAUGGAUCACACAGACUUCAAAUAAAAGACACUAUUGGCGCAAACCUUAAAGGAGAGCGAUUCAAUGAAAUCUGGACUCCAGCGGUGAAAGAAAUCCAAAUUCAUGUAUGAAUGAGGUGUACGACGCCCGCUUAUGUUCCAUCUGCGUGUGGCGCCGAUGAGUAAAGCCAUGAAAUAGAUCCAGCUGGAGAUGUGCUCGGCGCAGCAAAGCCUCCUGGGAAAUCAUCGGCACCGUGUCCACUUCUUUUAGCACCCGGGAGAACUAUCAAUAAAGCGACAAGGACAAGGCUCCCAGCAGGGGUCCGGGACUCGGCGGCCCAUGUGAAUCCAGGGAAGACAAUUAGGGGCUUAUUAGGGUGUACCUCGAGGGGUGUCCACUCGCCAGUUCGGGCCCGGCGCAGAGCCUCUGCCAUCGCUCAAAACAGUCAGGGGCAUUGUCUCACCUAAUUACGCAGAAACCAGGGGCCCCCUUUUUGUGUUGCCACAGCCAUGCCUGUCCGAUUCCCUUCUCCCCUCGAACCGCCAGUCCCUGUCCACUGUGAGAGUGUGCUAAUUAGACAAGAAAUGAGCCCGAGUAAUUAUGUCACUUCUGAUUAUGCCCAGCCACCAUGACAACCGGUUUGGGGAAAGUUCUGUUUUUUGGGGGCCUCUCUGCAGGAAAGUAUCCCCUUCGUUAUGCCAAUAACACAUCUGCCCAUGCAACAGGGUAGCGAAGAACCGGGUUGUAGAGACAGAAACAAGUUAUUGACCUAAUUAACGCGUGGCGCCCGCAAAAUCAGACCAUGGAAUUGCCUGUGGCACUUUUGUGGGAACCUUUUGUGUCCUCCACCUUAAUGGGGUGUUUUGAUCAACGGCUGUUUGCUGACCCGCCUACUCCUCCUGAAUGGCUGACGCUGGGAAACGGCAAUUAGCUAGAUUAGAGGAACCAUUUCUGGGGCCCCUGAAAAACAAAGGCGAUCAGAAGGAGCUGCGAAGUGCUUCAACACUGACCUGCUCGUGUGUUUUGGAUUUUAAACAGUUUCAGUGCGCCUCUUCACUUCUUACAGUUGUGCAGACGUUUACUGGGUUUACAUCAGUACUGCCUUUUUAUUAGCUAGAUGCAUAUUUGCACACACAAAUGUGGUUUUGAGAAUAUAAAGAUGGAACUGUCCUACAUAAACACAUUGACAUUUACUCUUUCAAAUGUUUGCUAUUUCUGCAACAUUGUCAUUGGGGAACUUUUUAAACAAAAGCACAAGUACACUGUGCUUUUAUAUACUUAUAUAUCAAGACAGAUUGCCAGUGUAAAAAGAAGCUUUCAACAAAAUGGUCCAUUCUUUGUUAAUUUUUAUGUUGCUAUAGUUUCAAUAUAGCCAAUUUCUUGCCAGUGUCCUCUGUACUCUGACCCUUUUGACCCAGGCAACGUCUGAGUCGGUAUGACUCUCAUCAUCUAUUGCAUUUGUCAUCUGAGAUAUCGGCCUGUAUCACAAAGGGUCUUGCCUAAGGACGUGCACCUGGAUAUACUAUUUUAAUCCAAGUCUUAAAAUCCAGCAGUGGUACCCAAAGAUACUUUUAUUUUUACAGCAGUGCCUUGACAUACUGUACGAGUUUAAUUAAUUCUGUGCCGCAGCUCGUAACUCAAACUACUCGUAUCAUUAUUAAUAAUAUUCAUAUAAAAAAUGUGUAAUAUAAUAAGUAUUUAUUUUUGAUAACAAAGAAAAAAUGCAUGAAACAUCUUGUUGCAUGAUCAGAUAUUAUCAAAGUGCCUGGGCAAUUAUUUUGCCUCCGGGGGCCACAUUUAGAGAAAAAAAUGUGUCUGCAUGGGGGCCGGUAUAUCUGAUUUUUAGGAACACUAAUACAGAACCUCACAAUAAUGUCUGUUUGAAUGCUAAAAACGUUAUGACAGAUCGCGUUAAAAAACGGAAUGGAAUUUUACAUUUUUAUACUGAAUGAGACACCCGGAAUGUACAUGAAAAUAAAGAAUGUGGGAUUUACAAUAUUAACUAUGAACGAUAAAACACUGAAUAUUGACAACAUUUGAACAUCACACCCCCUCUUGAUCGAUAUAUUUUACAAUCAUGCGAAAUGCAACAAAAAUGUAACAAACACCGCAAAAGAUGAACGCGAAGGGUAAAAAAAAAAACCCCACCUACAAUCUGAUAUAUGUGAUAUAGCACUAAGCUUUAGAACUUUGUUGUAAAAAUCUCCUUCUGCGUCUGUCCCUGACACCCGCAUUUCAGGCUGGCCGCUCUGGAAACACUCCGUGGAAACGCUCCCACCCACACUACACUGCUUGGUGCCUCGUCUGAGCUGCUGUGACGUAGAUUACCAUAGUAAAUAAUUAGAUUACCAUAGUAACUAGUAUAUCAUGCAAAAGCGCAGAUUCCAACCAUUGAAAUACUUUGUAUAGUUCAAGACUUACGGUCAUUUGAAAACAUCACUGCACAUCAUAAUGGCAGCUACACUUUCCAUCUUAAAGAUUUAAAAAAAUUAUAUGGGAAUGUCCGGCGGGCCAGAUUGAAAAACUUAACGGGCCUUAAUUUGCCCAGGUCAGGUGUAGGACAUAAGCAAUUAAACGCUGUACAUGUUAUGGCAAAUUUGAAAGAACUUAUUGCCAGCCCUAUAUAGGUCACGUUAAAUGAUGUGGCGACAGGCCAUGAGUUUGAAGUUUGUGAGGUAACUGAACCCCAGAAAUGGCUUGUAUAUCUCAAAAAAUGUACGGUGGUGCACUCACAAACCAAAGUACAGAAUGCAAUUUUUUAUACUACAAAGCAUUACAAAAAUUUUAACCUCAUCAUCCGGCAUGUAUUUUAGUUGAAUUCAAGAUUAAUGUGCUUAUUUCCCAUCUCUGUGUGUAUUAUUCUAUUCUUCCAUUUUUAUAUCAAUCAAUCAAAGUUUAUUUAUAUAGCCCUAAAUCAUGAGUGUCUCAAAGGGCUGCACAAGCCACAACGACAUCCUUGGCUCAGAUCAUUUUAUCGCCAUAAAAUGUUGUUUUUUUUAGCAUUGAAAAGCAUGCAGAAUUACAGAUAAGACUACACAUUAAUUGCAAAUUAUCCUAAAAAUGCCAUAAUGAUUAAAAAAAACAACUAAAAUGUUCCUGUGGAUUUUCACAGGAAUUUGAAGGACUAUAUUAUGACCAUGUCCACUGUUUCAUAAUGUGACAUCUAAUUUGCAUAUAGUUAUUGACACUGUAUCGAUUUGUUAAAAAAAAAUAGUGCAUUAACAAAUAAGAUUGUUGUCUGUAUGGAAAUGAAAGUGAGGCGUCAUCCCUGCCACCAUCUCCAUAUCAUCAUCAUCUCCAAAUGUGCUGAGGGCCCCUUGUCAGUCCCUUAGGAAUCAUCCGCUUGUGUAUGCAUUCAUUCUUUUAUUCAGACCUAUGUGUCCCAGAUGUCCACAAGUGUGCCAUAUAUUGCAGCAACAUAGCUGAUUAGUGACAUUUCAACUCAAUUAAAAUUGCACAAAAUUAGUUAAGCUUUUCCUGCACUUGUUCAACGAAAUCUAAGUCACGAAUAUUAUUUUUAAAGAAUAAAAUACACAUUUUCACCAGUCCACUGCACUGUCUAAUUGUCCCCCCGGUGUGUCCUAAAUACCCCAAACGAGGGCGUGGGGGGCUAAAAGAGAGAGGGGAGCUUAAUGACAUAUCAACAGAUGCACGGUCUAGAAAGACAAAAGGUUUUAUUGCCUAAACCUAAUUAGAAUAUGCACAACCGCAUGGCGUUAAGGUCGAGUCUCGGAUCAAUCACGCCUUGAAUUGAUGAAUGAAUUUAACGAGAAUGAAUCUGCUUCGUGCAACAGUUAAACACCUAUGUUGUGCGUAUAGGUUGCCAAAUGUAAACCGAUAUUUUCAUCAUGCAAUGAACAUAAUUUGAAAUGAAUUCAUUUCAAUGUAUUUUAUUUAUGCUGUUUUGGAUUAGAAUUGUUAGUGUUGCUGCUAAAUUUAGAGCAGUGUUUUUCAACCACUGUGCCGCGGCACACUAGUGUACCGUGAGAUAUUGUCUGGUGUGCCGUGGGAGAUUAUGUAAUUUUACCUAAUUGGGUUCAAAAUAUUUUUUUGCAAACCAGUAAUUAUAAUCCAUAAAUGUGACAUUGUUGAGUGUCUGUGCUGUCUAAAGCUCGGCAGAGUAACCUUGUAAAAUUCUUCCAUAUCAGUAGGUAUAGCAGCAGGUAGCUAAUUGCUUUGUAGAUGUCGGGAACAGUGACAAUGGUUUGCAGGUAAAAAAGUAUUAAUGCUUAAGCCAAAAAUAAACAAAAGGCGAGUGCCGCUAAGAAAAGGCAUUGAAGCUUAGGGAAGGCUAUGCAAAACUAAAACUGAACUGGCUGCAAAGUAAACAAAAACAGAAUGCUGGACGACACCAAAGACUUACAGCGUGUGGAGCAGCAGACGGCGUCCACAAAGUACAUCCGUAAAUGACAUGACAAUCAACAACAAAAUAGCAGCGUAAGACCAGAACUAAAACACUACACACAGGAAAACACCAAAAAACUCAAAAUAAGUCACGACGUGAUGUGACAGUACAUGCUUGGUAAUGGUUUGAAUUAAUAUCAAACAAUUGCGAGAACAACUUUUUAUUGUCAAUAUCGGCUGCUGAGUUUAAUUUUGUAAUGUUUUCUGCUGGUGGCGUGCCUCAGAAUUUUUUCAAUGGAAAAAAAAUGUGCCUCGGCUCAGAGAAGGUUGAAAAACACUGAUUUAGGGCUUCCUGCAAUUUUAAAAUGAUUUUUUUCUCAUAAUUGAAGAGAUUGUUCCGACUUGGAUCCAUCAGAUGAGCUCAAUGAAAUGAGGGAAAGUCUAUAAGCUCCUCUUUGCCCUGAUUUAUUUUUUCUAAAAUCAUCAUUAUGGCAACAUUAAAAAACGUUAUCCGGGAUGCGAGAAGUUAUGAAGUUCUAUGCAUGUCCAUCACAGUGGACAUAGUGGAGUGUGAUGAUUGGCUGCCUGUUGCCUGCCGGAUUAAAAGGAGGCCGAGGGGAGAGUAAGCGAGGAGGGGUGGGAUAAAGAGGAGCAUCCCGCCCGCAGCAGACAGCAAACUAAAAGUGAAAUCUCAGCAUCAUGACCGGGAAGGACGGAGCUGUGCUUUCCGACACCGAGAACAAACAAACACCCACCGCUCACGGAGGACCCCAGCAGCCGCCCCCAGUUUGGAAGAUGGCCCCCACCGUGCACCGGCGCACCGGCUUCGGCAUCCAGGAGCUGCUCGGCCUCAACAAGGAACCGCCGCCGCCGCCGAUGACGACGCUGCCGGCCGCCGCCGCACCGAGGCGGCCGCUGGAGGCCUUGCCCCACCGGGCCCACCUCCUGGCAGCCAGGUCGGCGCUCGGGCACGGCGCUCUGGGCGUGGGCCUGCUGGGGCCCGAAGGCAUCCACUCCUUCUACAGCCAGCCCGCCUUCCUGGACGUGCUGUCCGAGGCGCAGAAUGUGCACCUGCAGCCGCUGCACCGCGCCUCGCACCUGGACGCGCACAACUCGGCCAGCUCGGAGUCCGAUGACAUGAGUCUGUCCCCUGGAGAUAAUAAGUUCUCAAAAUCCUCUUUGAGCCAGAGCAAAAAAAGAAAGAAAAGACGACACAGGACUAUUUUCACCUCUUACCAGCUGGAGGAGCUGGAGAAAGCCUUCAACGAGGCCCACUACCCGGACGUGUACGCCAGAGAGAUGCUCUCCAUGAAAACAGAGUUACCAGAGGACAGGAUACAGGUGUGGUUCCAGAACCGCAGGGCCAAGUGGCGGAAGCGGGAGAAGUGCUGGGGCCGCAGCAGCGUGAUGGCGGAGUACGGCCUAUACGGCGCCAUGGUCCGACACUCCAUCCCGCUGCCCGAGUCCAUCCUCAAGUCCGCCAAGGAGGGCGUGACGGAGUCGUACGCCCCGUGGUUGUUAGGUAUGCACAAAAAGUCUGUGGAAACGUCACACAGUCCCCCGGACAAAAACACAGCGCCGCCGACACAGGAGAAGGCGGCGUUGGCGGCGGCGGACGCGGGGCCCGAGGAAAAGGAGAGGACAAACGGCGAUACGUCUCCCAUCACGAGGGAUGAACUGCGGGUGAACAGUAUCGCCGCGCUGAGAGCCAAGGCGCAGGAGCACAGUGCCAAGAUGCUCGGCACCAGCAGGCCAAAGGCGGAGGCGGAGGACGGGUCGACGGAGGACGAGGCGGCGGACGUAGACGCCUGAGAACACUUCUCCGCAAGCAGGACGUGACAUCUUUAAUGUUAUUUCUCAAUCCUGCAGUUGUAGCUUUAUAGCUGCAACAAAGAAUCUGCCACAGGGACAUAAAGCAGAGCUAGUCGUGACCUUUGACCUCCACGUGACUUGUGAUCAUCAAGCACAGUAGGACCCCCCCCCCACCCCCCCAGCCUCUUUCAGUGUGUGUACAUAUACUUGAUCAAAUGUAUAAUACUUCAAUUGUAUGUGUGUGUCUAUGUAUAUAUAUAUAUGUCAUUGCUGUCUGAUUAAAA